ACAAGGUUCAUUAUUUAACUUGUUGCUCGGUACCAUUUCUACCCGAAGGCAACCGUGUGGUCAAGGUAUGCCAAGCAGCUGUUGUCCUCUGUCAUGGGUGAUAUUAGACAGCGCAAUGGCUCUGUGAGUAAUAAUGACACAGAUUUAUCUGUUGUCCCUUAUAGAGCGGACAACAUCAGGGUGCUUUGUCAUAAAGUUGACGAUGGGGACAUUGGGGAGGAAAUUGAGUUGCAAAGUCGAUCAGAAGUGCCGGGGGACGCGGAUGCUGACGCUGACGCAGAAGACAGCCCGCGGGCCAAUGGCACUGCGUUUUACCGGGUUUAUGUGCCGGUUUGCUGUAAGAGAAACGACCCUGACCGCGAUGAGGAUGAUGAUGAUGGUGAGGAGGACACAGGGGCAAACACAGUUCAAAAAGAAAAGAAAACAGCGUUUCCGGGGCUGGGCCUCCUGUACGCCUUGUUAGCAUCUGUCUUCUUCUCCGCUACGGCUCUUCUUGUGAAGAAAAUUGAGGGGAUGCACGCCAUCGAAAUCAGUGCGAUUCGGUGCUUCUUCCAGAUGCUGUUUGUCAUGCCAGCCAUGAUAUAUUAUAAUACUGGCUUUUUGGGACCAAGAGAGAUGCGAAUCUACCUGUUCCUCAGAGGGUUCCUGGGCUCCAACGCCAUGAUCUUGUUGUAUUAUGCAGUUCUGCAGAUGCCCCUAGCGGAUGCCACAGUUAUAAUGUUCAGUAAUCCAGUCUUCACAUCCUUGCUGGCUUGGAUUUUCCUCAAGGAGAGGUGCACCAUAUUGGACGUCAUUUUUACAGUGUUUACGCUCACCGGCGUCAUACUGAUAGCCAGACCUCCCUUCCUCUUUGGUGGCAAGCUGUCUGGGAUCGAAGGAGACUACACCAAUCACAUCAAAGGCACGGUGGCUGCCUUCAUGGGGGCGAUCGGAGCGGCUUGCACUAUGGUCAUUCUGAGAAAAAUAGGGAAAAGUGUUCAUUACUACCUCUCUGUGUGGUACUAUGCAGUUAUCGGACUCAUUGAGUGUGUCAUCGUUUUGUUCAUCUUGGAUGAAUGGACCAUUCCGUCCUGCGGCUGGGACAGGUGGAUGCUCAUGGCCAUCGGGCUGCUCGGUAUAGCCGGCCAGACGUUCCUUACCAAAGCCCUACAGAUUGAGAAAGCAGGACCUGUUGCACUGAUGAGGACUAUGGAUGUGGUCCUGGCGUUCAUCCUGCAGUUCCUAUUCCUCAACCACAAACCGACAUGGUGGAGUCUGGGAGGAGCGCUGUGUGUGAUUAGCAGCACUAGUGGGGUGGCCCUAAGGAAGUGGUAUAACAGCAUAAAAAAUAAGACCUGAUUCAUAUUAUAGUGAGAUGAAAAGAGAUUUUGUAUGUUUGCUACAAAUAAUUGCUGCAUUAGUUACCAAAGAAGCUGUUUUACUGUAAUAAUAUACAUUGAAAGUCUGAGGCUUUUUCUUUGAUUUGAGUACCUUACUGUAUGCAGUAUGUACAGUACAGUAUAUAACAGGAUUUUUAGUGAUUUUGUAUUUUCUUAUCCUUUCGUGAAGACAGCAGAUAUUCUUUAACUACUGUUGAGACAGUAUUGCUUUAUCAUAUAGAGAGUAUAGUAGACAACGUAAUAAUAGACUGCUGGUCAGGAGCUGUGCUUGAUGUGUGUAAAAAUCACCAAAAAUGUCAGUUCCAUCAUUUUCUCACCCUCAUGCCGUUGCAAUUGAUUUUUUUCCAUGGAACAUAAAAGGAGAUGUUUUUGAUUCUCAAAGUCACACUAUUCCAUACGUUCCAUAUGUAUGCCUUCAUUUAUAGUCUUUUGAAAUAUCUCCAUUUUUCUUCCAUGGAAGGAAGUUUGGAACAACACUAGGAUAGGUAAAUUAUUACAGGAUUUUAUUUUUUUGGGCAAACUAUCCCUUUAAAAACCCCUUUGCAUUUUGUCGUUGACAAUGUACUGUAACUGGCAUUUAUUUUAAAAGGAAGACGCAGGGUCAACAGUUUGUCUGAAUAUUUUUUCAUGCUCAAAUUAAGGUUCGUUCUGUUAAGUUCUGAAUUAUAUGUGCUUAAAGCUGAAUAUGCAAUCAGUAAUAUGUUCUGAACCUUGAUGGACCACUUGAACUAGAUAUAUGCACAGGUUUGCUACACAAAUAUUUGCCUGAUAUAGAAUGAGUCGCACCUAUUUAUUUAUUGGACAUGUAUCUUGGCACAAAGAUGAGUUAUUGUGAGUUGUUACAAGAGGCAGUGACUAUCAGUAAUGGCUGUUCUUCUGCAGUCCAGUCACUUUGAAAUGGGGCUCUUCAGUUUGCUUGAACUUUACAUUUAUUUAAUUUGAUAAUUUUAUUUAAACCUGUUUGUUUAAACUGACCUAAAACCACUUUACACUGACUUUUGUCAAUUUAUCUUUAUUAAAAGCACUAUUAACGGUUUACUGAUACUUCACCAGAAAUUUAUGGACAUGCUGCCUUAAGAUUUUUUCUUUUAUCUGAUGAGAUU